UUCAACCAUCCUCAUCUCUUAUUCUAAGUCCAUUUCUAUUCUUCUCUCUCUACAGAAAAAUCAGCUCGAGAGAGAGAGAGAGAGAGAGAUCUCCGGCGAGACGAAAACAAGACGUGACACCAGAUGUUUCUUCUUCGACUUCAGAUCUAAACUUUGACUCGAUUGUCCAUAAAGUCAACCGAUCUAAUCAUCCACCGGAUUUUCCAAGUAUUGUCUGUUGUUGAUAUUUUACGGGUUUAGCAGAACAAGGAACGGAACUAUGGCUUUGCGGAAGGCCAUGGGAGCGGUGAAGGAUCAAACUAGUAUUGGAAUAGCUAAGGUAGCUAGCAAUAUGGCUCCUGAGUUAGAGGUUGCCAUAGUGAAAGCCACCAGUCACGAUGAUGAUCCGGCCAGUGAGAAGUACAUCCGAGAGAUCUUGCAGCUCACAUCUUACUCACGUGGAUAUGUCAGUGCCUGCGUUCAUGCGGUAUCAAAAAGGUUGAGCAAGACUCGUGAUUGGAUUGUGGCACUCAAGUGUUUGGUUCUCAUCCACAGAUUGUUGAAUGAUGGCGAUGCGGUUUUUCAGCAGGAAAUCAUGUAUGCUACUAGGAGGGGAACGAGGUUGCUUAACAUGUCGGAUUUUCGUGAUGAGGCCCAUUCAAAUUCUUGGGAUCAUUCUACGUUUGUGAGGACUUAUGGUUUUUACCUAGACCAGAAACUGGAUUUGAUUGCCUAUGAGAGGAAGGAAAACAACGGUGGUAUGGAAGUACCUGACAGGCUCAGGGAAGAUCGGUGGAGGUCGCCACCAUAUCAUGGGAAUGAUUAUGGUAACAACGAAUUUCCUAAUGAGCCUGGGUAUGGUGGAAGUAUGAGGAGGUCAAGAUCUUUUGGAGAUGUAAGAGAGGGAUCUAUUGGAUCCUCUCAGGAGAAAAAAAAUGUGACCCCUUUGAGGGAUAUGAAACCCGAUAGGAUCUUUGGGAAGAUGGGGCAUUUACAGAGGUUGUUGGAUCGGAUCUUGUCAUGCAGACCCACAGGUCUAGCAAGGAACAGCAGGAUGGUAUUGGCUGCUCUGUACCCUGUUGUGCAAGAGAGCUUUAAGCUUUAUGCUGAUAUAUGCGAGGUUCUCGCCAUCUUGCUUGAUCGGUUCUUUGAUAUGGAUCAUCAGGAUUGUGUGAAGUCAUUCGAUGCUUAUGUUAGUGCUGCCAAGCAGAUUGAUGAGCUUAUAGGUUUCUAUAAUUGGUGCAAGGAUAUGGGCAUUGCAAGAUCUUCAGAGUAUCCCCAAGUUCAGAGGAUAACUGCUAAAUUACUAGAGACAUUGGAGGAAUUUGUGAGAGAUAGAGCCAAGGCUAUGAAAAGCCCCGAGAAGAAGCCGGAGGUCAAGGAACAGGUUAGAGAAGAAGAGCCACCACCUAAUAUGAAUGAUAUAAAGGCUUUGCCAGCGCCAGAGACGUAUACUCCACCACCGCCUCCUGAGCCUGAGCCACCCAAGGCUGAACCACGACAUGCCGGGGAUUUAGUGGAUUUAAGAGAGGAGGCACUGACAGCAGAUGAUCAAGGAAAUAGGUUUGCAUUGGCAUUGUUUGCAGGUCCAGCAGCAAACAAUACCAACGGGAAGUGGGAAGCAUUUGGGUCAAAUGGUGAGCCUGAGGUAACCUCUGCUUGGCAGAAUCCAGCUGCAGAACCAGGAAAAGCCGAUUGGGAACUUGCAUUGGUGGAAACUGCCAGUAAUCUAGAGAAACAGAAGGCAGCAAUGGGUGGUGGACUUGACCCGUUGCUUCUUAAUGGAAUGUAUGACCAAGGAAUGGUGAGGCAACAUGUUAGCACCUCCCAGCUAACUGGUGGUAGUGCUAGCAGUGUGGCUUUGCCAGGGAAGACUGCCACACCCGUAUUGGCACUUCCUGCACCUGAUGGGUCGGUACAAACGGUUGGGGGGGACCCAUUUGCAGCGUCAUUGAGUGUCCCUCCACCUUCUUACGUCCAAAUGGCAGAUAUGGAGAAGAAACAACAGUUACUUGUGCAAGAACAGGGGGUCUGGCAACAGUAUGCUAGCCAAGGGAUGCAAGGUCAAGGUAGUUUGACCAAGAUCAACAACGGUGGAUAUAUAGCUCCUGGGCAACCACCCGUGAUGCCUUAUGGAUAUCCACCAGUUAAUGGAGCCGGGUACUACUAUCCUACUAGUUACUGAUACAUGAUUACUCUGUAUUUGUUCUUCAAUCAUGUGUUACAUUCUACUUUUUUUUUUUUUACAUUUUCAUUGUAUCUUUUAAUGUGAUUGAUACUGCAUUUCUUCCUGAGUGUAGAAAUGGGAAGAGGGUGAGAGAGACACAGAAACGACAAAACAAUUGGUAUUGUGGGAGGAAUGUAGAGAUGGGUGCUUUUUGUUCCAUUCAUGAUAUCUUGCAUAUGUUCUGCAUCUUUGUUCUUAUGUUAUGCUCCUUUUUAAAAC